AUGUGUAAGAUAGGCCUGGGUCUGCUGUGCGACCUGUCGGUGGUGGUGGGUCAGGAGCCCGAGGCCAUGAGGUUUGAGGUCCACCGUGUGGUGGUGGCCGCCUCCUGCAGGUAUUUCAAGAGCCACAUCCUGGCCAACCAGACGGCCGUCACGGCCCUGCUGUGCGACGUGUCGCCCGAGUCCUUUGAGUCCUUCCUGCAGUACGUCUACACGGGCCAGGUGGAGGUGCCGCGCUCCAUGCUGUCAGACGUCUUCAAGACAGCAGAGCUGCUGGGCUGCAGCGAUCUGGUCAACGCCUGCAAGGCGGCCAGCAAGCUGGAGGCCGGCCAGACGCAGACCGUGCAGUCUGUGCUGUCUGACUCCGGCUCGGUAGACUCUCACGUCUUCAGCCCCCCGCGGCCCAAACGUGGUGGCGGAGGCACUGGCAGGAGAUCCAAGGACACCCAGGACAAGCAGCAGCAGGAGAAAGGGUCAGCGGGGACGAGAAAAGACACUUCAGAGUUGGAGGAGACGGAGGUGGAGGAGGAGGGGGAAUUGCCGAGCAAGAAGAGGAAGAGGAGGAGGAAGGGCAGCAUGGAGGAAGAGUUGGUGUCCAUGGCAUCGGGGUCAGGUCAUGGCACGAGGGCGAGUACCCGGCUCACCGUUCCCAAGCCAUCCCAGGGCCUCCCCAAGGGGACGGUAGCAGGCUGCGGCAGGGGCAGGGGCAGGGGCAGGGGCCGGGGCCGGCCCAAGUCCAGCGGCCACGGCUCGGAGACGGAGCAGUCGUCCUCCCAGACAUUCUGA